AUUAGAACCUUGCGUUGAAAUUGGAGAGCGUUACGGUUCAUUUCCAUUUUAAGGGAUGUAUCAUCUCUCCUCCAGGACAGCUCUCAGUAGAUUGGUUGCUGGCCUGCAUUAUCCCUCAGCACACCAUGGAAACCUCCUAUCAUCACAUGCUGGUAAAAGAUGCCUGCAGACCGGGCUGGGCCACACCGCCGCGCCCGAGGGCCGUCGGCCCGUCACCCGACUGCAGAAGUACGUGUUCGGACGGUAUGUAGAGUACCUCCAGCGCUUCCAGCGAGCGCUGGAAAACGAGUUUCCGACCGCCUUUCGACUCUACCGUGUCUUCUCGGUCGGCGUCAAGGACUUCGCACGAGAUGUCAAGUCGUUCGCGCUUCUGGCGCGGAAGGUUCACGGCCUGGGUCUGCGCAGCCUGAGUCGGCGCGAGCUGGAGCUCUACUUUCAGAUGCCGCGUGACAUGCGCGCCGUUGCGCCUGUCCUGAUCGUGGCGGCCCUGCCGCUGGCGCAGAACGUCGUCUUUCCGUUAGCGUACUUGUUCCCGCGUCAACUGCUAUGUCGCCACUUCUGGUCCCUGCAGCAGCGGUCCGACUUUGCCCUGUACGAACACAAACGGAGACUGGCCCACCACCUGUCCGCCUUUCGCCACCUUCAGGCCAGACGUCACCUGGUGACUCCCGAGUCGGCGCAGCUCUCCCUGAAGCACGUGUUCACACUGCUCGGUUCGGGCCAGGUGCCGAGCUCGGCCGAUAUCCUCGCGCUGCGACCUAUCUUCGAGGGUGGCCCGUUCAGCCUGGAGCGACUCAGUGCCGUGCAGGUGCGCCGCCUGCUGAAGCUGCACGGGCUGGGCGUGCUCACCGCUCUGCGGCGGCGGCGACUGCGGGAGCACGGCGAACUGCUGCGACACAUGGACCGGGCCAUGCUGGCCGAGGGAGUGACUGCCAUGUCACAGGAGGAGCUCUACUAUGCGUGUUUUCUGCGCGGCCUGAACCCGCAGAACCUGCCGCACGAACAGCUGGCCUGGUGGCUGAGCGAGUGGGCCACCGUGUCGUCGUCCAUAGAGCCGGCGGCCGUCUCCCUGCUGUUGCACUGUCCGCUACUGCUCGGCUACAACCAGCCCACCAACUGGCAGCUGCGCUACUGAGCCGACGGGUGUGUCGUACUGACGCGGAGAGCCGCCGCUGCACCGUCACCGCUCCACCAGGUCUUUCCGACUGGCUGGCUCAGGUAUCGAUCAAUGCAAGAUAACGCUGGUGAUUUGGUCCAACUCGCCUACAGUUCCAACUUCCACGGGUUACUAAAAUAGGCGCGGUAACCGGCAGUGAAUACAGACAUCUGAAUUGUUUCGAAUAACACGGUAUUUGAAAUACGAUCUCCAGUGCAAUUUUCAUGUGUGAUGUGGAAGCGAAAUCAAAGAAUCUUUCGCGAAUUCGAGGUACCUAGGCAUUUCACUCUUCGUCGUUAUUGAAAAUUAUUGUGGACAUGAGGCUAUAAUGGAUGCAUUCAGAUGAGGUAUGGUUGUUAAUGCAGUAACGAAAUCAGCGGCACUUCUUAUAAUGCCACGCACCAUAUGCGCACUACUCAUUACGCUUGAAAUAUGCCAUACCGAAAAACGAGUAAUCACGAGUGUUCAUUGUGAUAUAUGAUACCAGUAAAACGCCUUUUAGGCGAAGAACGAGCGAGCGAGAUAGUGAGCCCUGCACAUGCAGAAGGGCGAGAGGGUACUUCCAACGGGCUUGUGCAAAGCACCCUUCUAACCGGUCGCUAGCGGUGUACCAAAUUUGAACGCAAUCGGCCCAGCCGUUCCUGAGAUCUGGAAGCGGCAUUCUGCACGUGCGCACGUGCAAACGGGGUCCAAAAUGACUUUUGCACGGCACCCUACUAACCGGUCCCCAACCGUGUACCAAAUUUGAGCGCAAUCGGCCCAGCCGUUCUCGAGAUCUGGAAACGCCCCCUGCACGUGCGCACGUGCAGUAGCACCCUAACCGCAACACAUGGGAAUGCAUUGCCUGGUGGGUGCCUAUCUGUAUGCCAAGUUUCAGCGAAAUCGCCCCAGUAAUUACCGAGUUACUGAAAUGGGAACAAAUUUGGCACCUCUUAUUGUUGUAUUUUGCACGUGCAGUGGGGGUCACUCACAUAGAUGAAGAGUAUCCGACCUUUGGUAGAAGGGAUGCAGCUACCCUAUAAAAAUGACCGCAAGACAAUCGCUCAAGCCGCUGCUGAGAUAUGGGCCUCUCAAAAUAAUUACUUUUGUAAAACUGCUUGAACACCCUUGACUUUUCACGUGGCACGUGCCACGGCGGUCACUGAGAUGUAUCAAAAGUAGUCAAUUACGGGGUAGAAGGGAUGGGGCUACCCAGCAAAAAAGACCGCAGGCCAUUCGGUCCAGCGGUUGCUGAGAUGUAAGCCUCUCAAAAGCGUUACAGGCCGGGCCGGGCCGGGCCGGGCUGGGCCGGGCCGGGCCGGGCCGCUCAUACUGAGAUUUUUCCGUUAUAUUGAAAAGACUUCGCUUCGCUCGCUGCGCUCGCUCGCUCGUAAUAAUUGUUGCCCAUUUGUAUCUUAAGCUUUCAUGCCUAAAAUUGAUGGCAUGGAGGUCUUAAACACUGAAAGAAAUGUCAUGUCUUUCGUUCAAAUGAUACAAAAGCAUGAUUCGUUAUUUGUUGAGGCUGCGCGAGAUAAGGCUUUUAAGUUUUAUUUUUGAAUUUCGACAGAGAAUGCUCUGUUUGCACUAAAAUGUGUCAUGUACGAAAACGAGUUGCAAGUUCACGGUGGAGUUUCACGUGUAAUAACUGUCGCUCAAAGAUAUCUGAAUAUGUGUCAGUGAUCUGCAAGCGGGCCGAGUACUUCGAACAGAUGUUGUUAUUUAUCAAACGAAGUAGGCUAGGGCUACAGGCCUAGGGCUACAGGCACGAUCGCUUGCCAACUGCACCGCCACCGUUCCAUUUCAGCGAUAAGUCAGCGGCCCUGUCCAGCGCACUUUCAGCUCAGCGUAGGCUAGCACUAUGCUGCUGUGGUAUGUGCAGUUGAAAUCGUGUAGGAGUAUCCGAUAACAUGCUGUGAUCGAUUACUUGCGAGUGUUAUUGAAUGUCAUGAGAGAUCUUGAGUAGUUCGAUGAUUGUUCAUUCGGCUACUCAUAUCUAGGAAAUGUGAUACUGUGCCUUUACAAGUGUUGGCUAGGCAUAAUAUAUGUGCGAAUGUGUCAA